UUACUUAUAACUAUCUACACUAUUUUUGGUACGAAUCUGCAUAGAAACUUUAGAGAGGAAGUGAGUUGAAACGAUGUCGUUUAGGGUUCCGAUCUGCUUCCUCUUUCUUUCACUCCUACUCGCGGCUCCUCAGAUCUCCGCCGAUGAAUCAGCAUCGGAGGCCAAAGAGAAGGAGUUUGUGCUAACGUUGGAUCAUUCUAACUUCUCCGAUACCAUCAAGAAGCACGACUUCAUCGUCGUCGAGUUCUACGCACCUUGGUGUGGCCACUGUAAGAAGCUUGCUCCGGAGUAUGAGAAAGCUGCUUCCAUAUUGAGCAGUCUAGAUCCUCCCGUUGUUUUGGCUAAAGUUGAUGCCAAUGAGGAGAAGAAUAAAGAGAUCGCAAACGAAUAUGAUGUUAAGGGCUACCCAACAGUCAAGAUUCUUAGAAGUGGGGGAAAGCACAUUCAAGAAUACAAAGGUCCCCGUGAAGCAGAUGGCAUUGUUGAGUAUUUGAAGAAACAGAGUGGCCCUGCAUCUACUGAAAUUAAAUCCGCUGACGAUGCUGCCGCUUUCAUUGGCGAAAAUAAAGUUGUUGUUGUUGGGAUUUUCCCUAAAUUUUCUGGGGAGGAGUAUGAGAACUUUAUCGCAUUAGCAGAGAAGCUACGUUCUGAUUAUGACUUUGGUCACACCCUUGAGGCCAAACACCUUCCACGGGGAGAAUCAUCAGUUACCGGGCCUGUUGUCAGGUUAUUCAAGCCAUUUGAUGAGCUUUAUGUUGAUUUCAAGGAUUUCAAAGCAGAAGCUCUAGAGAAAUUUAUUGAAGAUUCUAGCAUCCCUGUUGUGACUGUCUUCAACAAUGACCCAAGCAACCAUCCUUUUGUUGUCAAAUUCUUUAACAGUCUUAAUGCUAAGGCAAUGCUGUUCAUCAACGUUACCAGUGAUGUUGCUGAAGCGUUGAAAUCGAAAUACCGUGAAGCUGCUGAACAAUAUAGAUCACAGGGUGUGAGCUUUCUGGUGGGAGAUGUUGAAGCUAGUCAAGGAGCCUUCCAGUACUUUGGACUUAAGGAAGAGGAUGUACCUUUGAUCAUCAUACAACAUAACGAUGGAAAGAAAUUUUUCAAACCUAAUGUGGAGCCAGAUCAACUUACAACCUGGUUGAAGGAUUACAAGGAAGGGAAAGUUGCACCAUAUUUGAAGUCUGAGCCUAUUCCUGGAACUAAUAAUGAACCUGUCAAAGUGGUAGUUGCUAACAGUUUUGACGACGUCGUUUUCAAAUCAGGGAAGAAUGUUUUGCUGGAGUUCUAUGCCCCGUGGUGUGGUCAUUGCAAAAAGUUGGCUCCAAUAUUGGAUGAAGUUGCCGUCUCAUAUCAAAAUGAUGCUGAUGUUACCAUUGCCAAACUGGAUGCAACUGCCAACGAUAUCCCAAGUGAAUCCUUUGAUGUACAAGGUUAUCCAACAGUGUACUUCAAGUCUGCAAGUGGAAAGAUAUCACCAUAUGAAGGUGACAGGACUAAGGAAGACAUCAUCCAAUUCAUUGAAAAGAACAGAGAUAAACCUGGCCAAGAACAAGAACAAGCAAAAGAUGAAUCUGUCAAGCAAGAACAAGGAAAAGAUGAGCUUUGAAAGUCUUUUCUUUUCCUCCUCCUUUCUGCAGGAAAAGCAGCGGUUCCUUUUGGCGGAUAUAGACACACUAUGACACUAAGUUACAUGUAGAUGAAUCUUUGUAAUUCAGAAUCAAGCAUGUUUGUGAAUCUUAGUGCCAAUCUGUCUCCCUUGGUUUAGUCUUUUAUCGGGUUUUUAUUUUUAUUUUAUGUUCUUCCUUAAAAACAAGAAUAAAAUGGGAGUUUUUGUUUGGCGUAGUAGUGCUAGACUGCUAGUAAUCUAGUAGAGUUACAUACUGGAAAAUGUUGUGGCUGUAAAACUUUGAUUCGCGUUAAUUUAGAUGCUGUUAUAUUCCCUCA